UGUCAACCAACACCCCUGCGUUGCUCCCAAUCACCAACAGUCGCAAUGGCCGCCGUCAACACCGCCUCGACGCUCAUAAUAAACCGCCUCGCUGCUCGCUGGGCCUCACGGGCUUCUUCCUCACUCAUAUCGUCCUCGCAAUAUCUCCCAACAACAACAACGACAGGCGCCCUGCACACUCUCAUCCCACGUUUGUCCGCAACCACUGUCGGCCUCACAACCCCGCACCCUCCAUCCCAAACAAUACUCUCCCGUCCGUCCUCCACAGCGACAAAUAAUGCCCCACCACCACCACAGUCCCCCGACGGCGCCUCACAGCCUCACCCCUGCGUCAUCAUCGGCUCAGGUCCGGCGGGCCACACCGCCGCCAUCUACCUCGCCCGCGCCAACCUCCGCCCCAUCCUCUACGAAGGUUUCAUGGCUGGCGGCGUCGCAGCCGGUGGCCAACUCACAACAACCACCGACGUCGAAAACUUCCCGGGUUUCCCCACCGGCAUAUCCGGCCCUGACCUAACCGACAAAUUCCGCGCCCAGUCCGUCAGCGUCGGCACCGAAAUCCGCACCGAAACCAUCACGAAAGUCGACCUAUCCUCCCGCCCGUUCAAACUAUAUCCAGAAGGCCGCGAAGAUGAACCCCCGGUUCUCGCCCACUCCGUCGUUAUCGCCACCGGCGCAACCGCGAAACGCAUGCACAUCCCCGGCGAAGACAAAUACUGGCAGGCCGGCAUCUCCGCCUGCGCCGUCUGCGAUGGGGCCGUGCCCAUUUUUCGCAAGAAACCCCUUGCGGUUGUCGGCGGCGGCGACUCGGCGGCCGAGGAAGCCACCUUUCUCACGAAAUACGCGUCAAAAGUCUACGUCCUCGUCCGCCGAGACAAGUUACGCGCGUCGAAAACAAUGGCUGACCGGUUACUCAAACACCCCAAAAUUGAAGUCCUGUGGAACACCGUCCCCGUCGAAGCUACGGGUGACGGCAAGCUGCUCAAAGCGCUGAUCGUGCAGGACACGAAAACGGGCGAGAACCGCUCACUCUCCGUCAAUGGCCUCUUCUACGCCAUCGGACACACGCCCAACACCUCCAUGCUUAAAAGCGAGACAGGUGGUGAAAGUCCGGUGAAAAUGGACGCGGAUGGGUAUAUCGUGACGACGCCGGGAACGUCGCUGACGAGCGUCGAGGGCGUGUUUGCCGCGGGCGACGUGCAGGAUAGGCGGUAUAGGCAGGCUGUUACGGCUGCUGGAUCCGGGUGUGCGGCGGCGCUGGAUUGUGAGCGGUGGUUGGAGACGCAGGAGGUGCAUUGAUGGGAGUUGUGGGUUUCGUGAUAGCAUUUGGGGAGGGUAUGAGAUGGGUUUUUGGAUAGCUGGAGAGAGAGGGAGACUAACGCCAGGUGCAGCAUUAGAGUGAGGUGACCCUUGACCAUACCGUAGACAUAACAUAUUGCAGAAGGGGUCUAGACAGCCUAGCAUGCAUUCUUGAUACAUCCACCAUUCGCUAGAGAACACAACCUUGUUGACAGCGUCGGCGACCCGUUGUGGGGAUAGUCGUUCGUCUUCUUUUGCUCCGCUCCUUCAUGUUCACUUCGCGUUCCA